CCCACUAGAGUUGAAGACAAUGAUAAUUAUUGUUGUGACUUUUAUGCCCUCUCAUAUUAAGAAACCCUAAAUCCAAUCAUUUGUUUGGGUUAGCAAUCUGGAUCUAAGUAUCAUUCUCACUCCACUUGUAAACUAAAAGAAACCCAAUUCAUCCUCUCUCUCUCUCUCGAAGAUGAUAGCUGUGAUCGGAUUGCUUCUGGGUUUUCUAGUUUCAGCAUUGUUCUUAAUCCAAGGAAAGAGAAGAUCAUCUAAUGGUGGUCAAGAGAAGAAGCAAUCUAGUAAUGAUGAGCCUAAAGAUUCGAAGCCAAAGAGUUACAGCAAAAGUGAAGUCGCAGAGCACAACAGAAGAGACGAUUGUUGGAUCAUAAUCAAAGAUAAAGUCUAUGAUGUCACUUCUUAUGUUGAAGAGCAUCCUGGUGGUGACGCUAUUCUAGAUCAUGCUGGUGACGAUUCUACUGAUGGCUUUUUCGGACCACAACAUGCCACUCGUGUUUUCGACAUGAUCGAGGAUUUCUACAUCGGACAACUUCGUGAGUAAAAAGAUAAGAGAUUUGUGUAACUUUUUGUCUUGUGUUUCUUCCUCUAUUUUUUGUUGUUGUAAUGCCAAGUUUCCUCCUUUUCUGUUACUUUUUCAUGAAAAAUGAUCUGUUUCAAUUGUUCUAAACCCAUUAGUUUUGGUAGAUUGAGUAAUAUAGACUCUUCAGAGAGUAUGUGA